UUCCCGCCAUAACAAAUACCAGUAGUAACGCUAGUGCUUUAGGUCCAAUCACCCUUUUCCUGAAUCCAACCCUCAAAAUUCCCAGCCCCUAUCCUAAGAAAUUCAAAUUCUACAAAGUUUUCACAGCACAGAAAUGGGUAAAGAAAAACAAUACUGGCUGCUAAAAACGGAGCCAGGGGAGUGGUCAUGGGAGGACCAAGCAGCCAAUGGUGGUGUAUCCAAAUGGGACGGCGUCAAGAACAAGCAAGCCCAGAAGAAUAUGAAGUCCAUGAGAACUGGAGAUCUCUGCUUUUUCUACCAUUCCGGCUCCAAAGCCCGCCGCGUGGUGGGUGUGGUCUCUGUUGUCCGUGAAUGGUACGCUGAUGAUAGCGGUGAUAGUGCGGUGGAUGUGAAGGCGGUUGGCGAAAUGCGGAGGCCGGUGGACUUGGGGGAAAUGAAGAAAGAGAGUGGACUGCAAGGAUGUGGCCUGUUCAGGCAGCCGAGGUUGUCGGUGGUGCCUGUGGAGAAGAGCAUGUGGGAGAGGGUGUGUGAGAUGGGUGGCGGGUUUGAAGGUGAUGGUAGAGCUGAUGAAAAUCCUGAAGGGUCCUGCUAGUUUGGUCUUCGAGGCGCUUGUGAUAACGUCUCAAAGGGAUGUACAAGAAUUUUUGUGGAAAGCUGGGAAGUCCCAUUAGGUGUUUGCGAUAAGGUCGCAAAGGUGUAUUUUGAUUUUGGGGAAGACUGGGAAGUCCCUUUUGUGUUCCUGACUUUUGACAAUGGCUGCGACCCUGCGGAACUGACCGACCGGCUGUAGUAGCAGAACGAGGUUGUUCUUUUAUUAGGCAGACAUGCUAGUUCUGGACAUAAAAUGCAAUUUCCUGUUUAGGCAACCAAAUGAAUGUAAAAUAUUAUCCAUGGAAUGAAUUUGAGGUAGUACCAUGUGAUUAGUCUGGUCUGUUAAUAUC